GACUAAUCAUAACUUUGAAGAGGAAGGAAAAAAAAAAUAAAAAUCUGAAGCCCCUCUCUCUGUCUUUGAUUUGACUAGUCUAUGGAGUAUAGGUUGGCUUGUUGUCUGUUGUGUCUGUGAAGAGCAGGUCUACCGGUGUUGAACGGGUUCAGUUUGGCCGUGACCCAGAUCGGAUUCCGGGCACAUAUUGGAUUGCUUGUCUGUGUGAUUCAUUGUAUUGCGAUGAAUCCCAAGAGCGCUGUGGACUUGUGUGUGUGUGCGCGUGCUAAUCUUGUAAAGUAAUCUUCGGAAAUGUGGAGGUGAAACAUAAAUCUGGUUUUCUGGAUAAGAUUCAUGGGGACUUGUUUCAGUUGUGAAGAAGAACAACAACAUCAGCAACUAAAGGAUGAACCUCUUAAAAACCUCCCAGGCAAUGGCACUGCUAUAUCUCCUUCCAAAACAAACUCCACAGUUUCCAAAAUGCCAAACACAGCAGAGUCGCAGGAGAUUCAAGGCGCAGGUGUUAUUUCAGUGACUCCCAAAAAUGUGAGGGAUCUCCAUCAAAAUCGCGGGUAUAUUAGUGUUGAUAUCUUUACAUAUGAAGAGAUGAGGAUGGCCACCAAGCACUUCCGGCCUGAUCAAGUUCUUGGUGAGGGUGGUUUUGGGAUUGUUUAUAAAGGAGUUAUAAAUGAGAAUGUGAGACCAGGUUACAAGACCACACUGGUUGCUAUUAAAGAGCUUGAUCGUGAAGGAUUCCAAGGCGAUAGAGAAUGGCUGGCCGAAGUCAACUAUUUGAGCCAACUCCGACACACAAAUCUGGUGAAGCUUAUUGGGUACUGCUGUGAGGAUGACCAUCGGCUGUUGGUCUAUGAAUAUAUGGCAUCUGGGAGCUUGGAAAAACACCUUUUUCGCAGAGUGUGUGCUACAUUAACUUGGACAAGAAGAAUGAAGAUUGCUUUAGAUGCUGCCAAGGGGCUUUCUUUUCUUCAUGGUGCAGAAAGGUCUAUCAUUUAUCGGGACUUCAAGACAUCAAACAUCUUACUGGAUGCGGAUUUUAAUGCAAAGCUUUCUGACUUUGGGCUUGCAAAGGAUGGGCCUCUGGGAGAUCAGACCCAUGUAUCAACACGGGUCAUGGGCACUUAUGGGUAUGCAGCUCCGGAGUAUGUAAUGACCGGGCAUUUAACAGCACGGAGUGAUGUUUAUGGUUUUGGGGUAGUGUUACUGGAGAUGCUGAUUGGAAGGAAAGCAAUGGACAAGAGCAGGCCAAGCCGAGAACAUAAUUUGGUUGAGUGGGCUCGUCCACUCUUAAACCAUAAUAAGAAGCUUCUGAGGAUUUUAGACCCCAGAAUGGAAGGGCAAUACUCAAAUCGAACUGCCCUAAAGGUUGCCAAUUUAGCGUACCAAUGCCUUAGCCAAAACCCUAAAGGGAGGCCCGUAAUGAGUCAAGUAGUUGAAAUACUUGAGACUGUUCAGACACAAGAUCAGGGAAGCCGAGAAGAGGCAAUGCUACAAAGUGGAGGUGGCAGUAUAACCCUUUACGAAGUUCCAAAGGGCACACCUCAUCCUUCAACAGAGAAUAAGAUAAGCCAAGUUAGAAGUGAAAGUGAAAGGGAAGCCGACGGUGUUCCUCGAAGGAACAAACCAGCAAAUGGAAGGAGCAAGAGUGAGCCUCCAAAGGAGUGUGAUCUGUAUGGCACGUCUCCAGAUCUCGGGCUAGAUGAGGAAUCUGAACCUAGAAACCGGAUAUGAAUAAUGUAAGUUGAAUUGUUGAUGAUCUAUCUACCAGCAUAUUAAUUUCUUUUUCUUCUUUUUUCAAUUCCUUGUAAAAUUGUAUGCAUCUUUGGUAUGAAAAGGUUUCAUGGCUUGUUUCCUAGAAAAGCUGGUCUUGUGACUAAGAGAAAAUGGGUACAUAAUAAGGGUGGGCAGUCGAUAUUUCGAUCCGUCCAAACUGAUUGAACCGAAUCGAUCCGUUGCAUUUUAGACGGAUGUAUGAUGACGAACAGACGGUUGCGAAUUGUUUUUUUCCAAUCUGCUUAGUUUUUGACGGAUGACGGAUUUGAAGUUCCUUUGACCGCAACCAGACCGCCAACUCACGAGCACCUCUAGUAAUUUGUAAAAUUUUGUGUUUUCAAUUUAUUUAGAUAUUAUGCUUGUAUUUUUAAUUGAAAAAAAGGUUAGAUAUUC